GCGGACGGUACAGACGGCCGCUCUGCGCCAGUUCAAAUAGUGGGAAUUUGUUAUUUUCGUGUCGUGUUUAUUAUUAAUUUUUAAAGAAUUUAAGAUAAAGGAUUUGUCAUCCAUAUUCGGUACAGAUGAGAAUGCGAGGGACGAAAAAAUAUUCUUGUUGAAUAUAAUAUUUUUGGAGUUAAUAAUAGAACAAACAGACAACAACAAUGUCUACAACUGUAGAAAAUGGUAUCAACGGCGCGGAGGAAGGCCGCGGGACGACUUAUUUUUUUUCCAGAAGUAGGUCCAGCGCAUCGCUAUGGCAACGGUUGAACCUCUUCUUUUCUAUAUACUGGAAGAGCCUCCUGGUGGUGUUUACUCCACUAAUUCUAUUACCUAUUCCUAUAUUGAAUCGCGGAGCGGAAUACAGAUGUAUGUACGUGGUACUCAUAAUGGCAACUUAUUGGGUGUUGGAACUCCUACCGCUGCCUGUCACUUCGAUGUUGCCAAUCGUCUUAUUCCCAACCAUGGGUAUCCUAGAUUCGGAUAAGACCUGUGCAUCCUACAUGAAGGAGACGAACAUGAUGUUCAUGGGUGGGCUGAUGAUAGCUGCUGGAGUCCAGCAUUCCAAGUUGCCGAAAAGGGUCGCUCUGUGGACUGUGCAGGUGGUGGGAUGUUCGCAUAGAAGACUGAAUUUUGGCCUGACUUUUGUUACUAUGUUUAUAUCGAUGUGGGUAUCGAACGCUGCAGCUACCACUAUGAUGGUGCCCAUCGUGGAGGCCAUUCUAGAAGUACUUGAACAGCAAGGUCUCGGUGACGUGUACACAAAUAGAAAGAAGAAUCCAGCACCAGAGAACGGGAAGGAAGUGAAACCAGUAAAAGACGAAGAGGAGGCCCCUAUACCGAGCAACAUUACCAUCUGCUACUACCUGAGCAUCGCGUACGCUUCCACGUUGGGCGGUUGUGGCACCCUGGUCGGUACCGCCACCAACUCCGCUUUCAAGGGCAUAUUUGACUCUGAGUUCCCACAGUAUUCUGGAUCGGUGAACUUCUUCUGGUUCAUGGUCUACAGCAUGCCUCCCAUGCUGCUGAUGCAAAUCCUCAUCUGGAUCGCCCUGCAGGUCACCUUCAUGGGAAUGUUCCGGCCCAACAGCGAAGCGGCCCAGCAGGUCAAUAUGGCGUCAUCUGGUUCAAUGACCACAAUGAAGGUCAUCAGGGAGCAAUACAGGAACCUAGGGCCAACUACAUUCCACGAAAAGUCGUCGGGCUUGUUGUUCAUAUUGGCCGUGUUCCUGUACAUCUUCAGGAAGCCAGGAUUCAUUCCUGGAUGGGCUGAUGUCAUGACCAGCAUGAAAGUGAAGGAUGGCGUUACCUCGAUGUUCAUAGUGGUGCUCAUGUUCAUAAUACCUAUGUGCGUGGACUUCUUGAAGUUCUUCACGUCAUCCUCAUCAUACGAAGAGUUGGCUGCAACGAAGGCGUCUCCUGGUAUCGUGACUUGGGCUAUCUUGAAGGAUAAGGUGCCAUGGGGACUCCUCUUCUUACUAGGUGGUGGUUUCGCGCUCGCGGAAGGCAGCAAGGCUACAGGACUGUCGUCUAUGAUCGGCGGCUCGCUGGUCAGUCUCCACGGUCUACCGCCAGCCCUCGUACUCCUGGUCGUGGUGCUAGUCACGCAGUUCAUCACGGAGUUCACCUCUAACGUCGCCAUUGCGAAUCUCAUACUUCCCGUCCUCGCUAAUAUGUCGCGGUCCCUGGGAAUGGACCCUCGAUACCUGAUGGUGCCGGCCACGCUGGCGUGCUCGAUGGCGUUCCACAUGCCGGUCGGAACCCCGCCCAAUGCUAUAGUGGCCGGCGUCGCGCACAUACCCACCGCAAGGAUGGCCAUCGGUGGUAUCGGCCCCAAAAUAAUAACAACCCUCAUCGUCUGGGGUGCGUACCCAACAUGGGGUAGCUAUAUCUUCUCCCCAUUGGAAGAUGCAACCAUAUCCAAGGUAGCGACCGCUGCAAAGAAUAUAAGUCUCAACUGUAACGUUACAGCACAAGCUCUGACAGCAGCGAGGAACUUCACAUGUGGGAUCCCACAGGGAGUAAACGCCACUAGUGGACUUAUAUCAUGUAGUUAUAAUUUAUUUAGAGGAUAAGUUGUAUAGUUAACCCAUUGCUAGCGAGUAACCUUAAACUAUUCGCUCAAAAUCAGAUAUUAGAAAGAAAGAAAAUAAAUUUUUAACUUGCAUGUUGGAUUACUUUGGUACUAUAUAGGUCUCCGUUCAGCAUAUGUUGUGACGGGGUGCCACUAUGAUAGUAUUCUGCGGAUAAAAUAUCCAGUAUAUUUUUUUAUUCAAACAGAAUCAGAUAUACUAUCUAAUUUAGUGUAUUUGUAUACAUACGGCCUGUCUGUUGCCAAAAUGGUUAAGGUAGUUUAUAUACGCCUGAAAC